UUUAAUUGAUCCCGAUGUGUGCCUGCCCCUUGCUAAAGCAGUCCCGAGAAAGCUGCGCUUGUGGUACACACUCCACCUCCACCUGCACUCCAUGAUCCUGGACAGAUUCCUUCUACUGCUGACUGCUCAGCUUGGACGAAAGAACCAGAUUUUUUUUUUUUUUUUUUCCCCUAACUGGAAUCUUGAGAUCUGGAUCAGCCUCUGGAAAAAACUAAGAUCGAGUUAUACUCUCUCCGUGGUGCUGAAGCCAGGCUGCCCCGUCAGUCGCUCGCUGGCUCCUCGAUCCUUUGUGCUGAGGCCUUAGUGGAGAAACAGUGGCCAACUGGAAAACACUAGGCUGAUUUCCACAGCAAGCCUGCACCCCCGCUCUUAGAACUACAUUUCCCACAGAGCUGGACUACAACUCCCAUGAGCCCCCGAGCGUGCCCGGGAGACGCAAAGCGUCAGCUUCCUGUCUCGUGAAAAGCCUCCCGGCCGACGAUCGGAGUGUAGUGGAACCUUAUGAUUCAUUUAUUCCUGAAGUUGUCUUAUCAUGGCUGAAAAUGACAUAGACAGAAUCCAGACUGACAAACUCCUAAAAAGAGUACAAGAACUGGAGCAGGAGGUACAAAGACUUAAAAAAGAACAGGCCCACACCAAGGACUCACAUGCUAGAGAAGAUUCUUCAGGGGCUGGAAAAGCUAAGCGUGCAUUUGAUUUCAGUGCUCAUGGUCGAAGACAUGUAGCCCUAAAGAUAGCCUAUCUGGGCUGGGGGUAUCAGGGCUUUGCCAGUCAGGAAAACACAAACAAUACAAUUGAGGAGAAACUGUUUGAGGCUCUAACCAAGACUCGACUAGUAGAAAGCAGACAGACAUCCAACUAUCACCGGUGUGGGCGAACAGACAAAGGAGUUAGUGCCUUUGGACAGGUGAUUUCUCUUGACCUUCGUUCUCACUUUCCAAAGGGCAGGGAUUCAGAGGAUGUUAAUUUAAAAGAUGAAGUCAGCGAUGCUGCUAAAGAGAUCCGUUACACUCACAUUCUCAAUCGGGUGCUCCCUCCAGAUAUCCGCGUGUUGGCCUGGGCCCCUGUGGAGCCCAGCUUCAGUGCUAGGUUCAGCUGUCUGGAGCGGACUUACCGCUAUUUUUUCCCUCGUGCUGAUUUAGACAUCGUAACCAUGAACUGCGCAGCUCAGAAGUAUGUCGGCACACAUGAUUUUAGGAACUUAUGUAAAAUGGAUGUUGCCAACGGAGUGAUUAAUUUUCAGAGGACUAUUUUGUCUGCUCAAGUACAGCUGGUGGGCCAGAGCCCGGCUGAGGAGAGAUGGCAAGAACCUUUCCAGUUAUGUCAGUUUGAAGUGACCGGCCAGGCAUUCCUUUAUCAUCAAGUCCGCUGUAUGAUGGCUGUCCUUUUUCUGAUUGGCCAAGGAAUGGAGAAGCCAGAGAUUAUCGAUGAGCUGCUAAACAUAGAGAAAAAUCCCCAGAAACCUCAAUACAGUAUGGCUGUAGAAUUUCCUCUAGUCUUGUAUGACUGUAAGUUUGAAAAUAUCAAGUGGCUCUAUGACCGGGAGGUUCAGGAGUUCAAUAUUACCCACCUACAACAACAAUGGGCUAAUCAAGCUGUUAAGACUCACAUGUUGUAUAGUAUGCUGCAAGGACUCGACUCUGUGGCAGUACCCUGUGGGACAGGAACAAAGACGGAUGAAGUGAUAGAAUGGAGAAAUGUUAAGCCCUCUAUCAUAAAGCAGACCAGUGCCUUUGUAGAAGGAGUGAAAAUGCGCACAUAUAAGCCCCUAAUGGAUCGUCCUAAAUGCCAAGGAUUGGAAUCCCGGAUCCAGCACUGUGUACGUAGGGGACGCAUCGAGUACCCACGUUUAUUCAAUGAGACAGAAAUGAAAGCCAAAAGGGAAUGUUUUGACACACUAGAGGAAGAAAAUACUAUUUUAGAGAAACCAACAAAGAGAGUCUGUGUUGAUACAGAAAUUAAAAGCAUCAUUUAACCACAGAAAACUCACCAGGAUCUAGGAGGCAACAACUAGCAAAUGGUAGGUGGGCAGAAAGGGAAUACAAUAUUUACUGCAGUACGUCCUAGAAGUCAAUGAUCAGCUCUUAAAAAAACAGAAAACCAAAAAGAUCACAGGCCCCAUUUAAGGAAGUUCUUGCUUGAACAGAAGAUCAAACAUUCUCUCAUUCCUGUCCAAAAGCAAAAAGAAGCAAAAAGCAAAUGUAAAAUGGAGAUGUAUUUAUAUAUACCUGGAGACCUGUGCCUCACGUUCAAAUUUAUUAAAGCCCAAUCCAGCAA